GCGAGAUCUCCUGUCCGCGGAACGUCCUCUGGAGGCCCUCCCCACCACCACCACGGGCUCGUUCUCUCUCGCUCGCUCGCUCGCUCGCUCGAGCAUUAAAUCGCAGCGGCCGCUGCGUCCGACUCCGCGCCCUGGCCCCCUUCUUCUCUCCGUGGCCUCUGCUCUGCUCGGCUCGCUGCGCUCCGUCCCUGGCCUGCGGGAUUGGGCGUGUGAGGUGUGGAAGCGAGAGGCGAGAGAGAGAGAGGUUGAGGUUGAGGUUGAGAGGCGUAAGCCGGUGCGAUCUUCGUAGAUAAGGGAGUGCGAAUCGGGCGGGCAUUGCUUAACAGUCUUGCCCUGCACUUGUGCUCGGAGGAUUCCCGCACCGAGCUUUAGUUCUGAAUCGAGGAGGAAGAGAAGGGGAGGGGCAGGGGAAGGGGAAGGGGAAGGGGAAUCGUAGCAGGGCCGGGCCCCGAUGGCGGGCACCAUGUUGGCUCAGGGCGGGAGGAUGUCGGUGUCGUGCGCAGCGCCGGCUGGAGGAGUGGCUCUGCCCAGUUUGCGGUCGUCGAAAUUCGGCGGUGAUGUGUCGGCGUUUCGGUGCAGAAAUGUUGCCAAAGGCAUGAAGCUGAAGCAGCAGGUUGUGCGUCCCGUGGGCUUGUUCCCAUCGUCCGAGGAUGGGUUCGGGUUUCUGAAGCGCUUCCAGAGGCCGAGGACCGUGGAGGCCAAUGUGGCGGUGCCCACUCGAACCUUGGUCAUGCCGGAGGAGAAAGAGGACGACAGCUUCGACGCCUCUGCCCCUCCUCCCUUCACCCUCAGCGACAUCAGGGCCGCAAUUCCCAAGCAUUGCUGGGAGAAGAAUGUCUGGAAGUCCAUGAGCUACGUCGUCAGGGAUGUGGCCAUCGUGUUCGGAUUGGCAGCAGGUGCUGCGUACCUCAACAACUGGUUCGUCUGGCCGCUUUACUGGUUCGCUCAGGGCACGAUGUUCUGGGCUCUCUUCGUCCUGGGCCAUGACUGCGGGCACGGCAGCUUCUCCAACAACAAGGCGCUGAACAGCUUCGUCGGUCACCUUGCUCACUCGUCCAUCCUCGUUCCCUUCCACGGCUGGAGAAUCAGCCACCGGACUCACCACCAAAAUCACGGUCACGUUGAGAACGACGAAUCAUGGCACCCACUGACAGAGAAAAUGUACAGGGACCUCGAUGGGGGAAGCAGGACAGGGCGCCUCACCCUUCCGUGGGCCAUGUUCGCAUACCCCUUCUACUUGUGGGGCCGCAGCCCAGGCAAGGAAGGCUCGCACUACGAUCCCAAGAGCGACCUCUUCGUCCCGAGCGAGAAGAAUGAAGUCCUGACCUCCACGGCCUGCUGGACGGCGAUGGUGGCUCUGCUUCUAGGAUUGACCGUGGCCGCCGGGCCGAUGUGGAUGCUGAAGCUGUAUGUCGUGCCUUAUUGGUUGAAUGUGGUGUGGCUGGACGUGGUGACGUACUUGCAUCAUCACGGCUAUGACAAGAAGGUGCCCUGGUACAGAGGCGAGGAAUGGAACUACAUGAGGGGUGGACUGUCGACGAUCGACCGCGAUUACGGUAUCUUCAACAACAUUCACCACGACAUCGGCACCCACGUCGUCCACCACUUGUUCCCUCAGAUUCCCCACUACAAUCUGAUCGAAGCCACCGAAGCUGUGAAGCCCGUCCUCGGGAAAUACUACAGGGAGCCUGCCAAAUCCCCGGGACCUUUCCCCACGCACCUUUUUUCUACCCUGUUGAAGAGUUUCGAAGAAGACCACUAUGUAAAGGACGAAGGCAAUGUUGUGUUCUACCAGAACGACCCUCCCCAAUAAGCUGCGCCACCCUGAGGACUCGUGCUCUCCACGGGUUGGGCCAUGUCAAACUUGGGCAGUAUCGAGAAAUGGCGUAUUAUGCGUUUGAUGAGCACCCAUUGUGCAUCUGGUAUUGUACAGGAGACCGAAAGCCAUUUUUACGAGUAUGGUACAGGUGGCUGAGCUCCUCAGGAGUUGUUCUUCUUUGUCGGAGUAUAUUCAAGCGCACAUGUCUUUUGCUGUCAUUGCUGUCUAUGCGGGAAGCUGUACUGAGGAAUUUGUCGAUCACCAGCCCGGUGAAAGAGGGGGCGUCUCGAGGAUUGGACGAGCGACGAAACACUUUCCAUGGUUCUCAUUGUUCGUUGUAAAUGCACUGUCGGGAAGAAAGUUGUUUUAGCGAGAGUAGAAAGUGCGAAGGUGGUCUUGCCAUUGUAGGUUUUCGAAAUUGAUGAUUUAUCUCUGCGCUUUGCAGAAAUUGUCUUCUGAUCUUCUCUCGUCAUCAGAAAUUCUUAGGCCAUGAUUGUGGAGGAGCCCUGUUUAUCUUUGUCAUAGAGUAUCUCUGGGAGGAGAAUUACGUCCUUCACAGCCGUAACUAGGAUUAGGUAGGUUGCAAGCUGGUGAAUUUCAGCUGAAGUGAUGCAGCUUUUUCAUUUAAUGGAGAUAGGGUAGCUCUGGCAGCACUGGUUCCGAAGGGGGCUGGAAAGGACCGGAAGGGUUACCCUCUCCAGCUGUAUCAUGUAUUAUAAAGACUAAAUUGGCAAUCUGAGGCCAGUCUCUAUUUUUUCCGAAACUGCCUCUCUCUGA